CAACAUUUAUGAAGAUUGUGAAAGCAAAAUCAGUUCAAGCUUACAGACCAGAUCCAUAUGUUGCCACAAUAUUAAAUUGUGGAAUGUGGAUGUUCUAUAGUCUUCCAAUUGUCCAUCCAGACAGUCUUUUGGUCUUCACCAUCAAUUGUGCUGGAUUUACUAUUGAAAUAGUCUUCAUCACAAUCUUCCUCAUCUAUUCUACUUGGGGUGGUCGCAAGAAGAUCAUAAUCGUUCUGGUUAUGGAAGCGUUGUUCGCAGCUGCGGUUGUUGUAGUUACUUUGAUGUGUUUUCACACCUAUGCUUCAAGAUCUUUGGUUGUUGGAAUGGUUUGUGUUUUCUUCAACAUACUCAUGUAUGCCGCUCCAUUGACAGUCAUGAAAAUGGUGAUAAAGACAAAAAGCGUCAAAUUCAUGCCACUUAGCUUAUCAGUAGCCACCUUUGCCAGCAGCAUUGUAUGGUCUGCUUAUGCACUCCUCCAGUUUGAUCCUUUCAUCUUGGUUCCAAAUGCUCUAGGAACAUUAUUUUCAAUAGUUCAGCUCAUAUUGUAUGCAACCUACUACAGUUCCACUGAUUGGGGUGAUGUCGAACAAGGUGAGGUCCAGAUGUUGUCAAUAUCCAAGGCCUAAGCAUCGAUCAAACAUGUAUCUUUUCGCAAUAAUAUAUAGCGUGCUAUUGUGCCAUCGGUGUUUGUGGAUUUAAGUCAUCAAUCUAAGCGUGUAGAUAUGGGUGGCACUGAGAGCUAGUUGUUGUAACCAUGCAAACAUGUGUUUGUGUACCACUAAAUAGUGUUAAAGGGGAUUCUUUGAAACUAUGACAAGUCAAUUUCCAAAAACAUAUGAUAGAUUUGAUUCAUCUGAAAUAAAAGAAUGUGUCCUUUUGU